AUGGCUCCCGCCUCCCGCCCGCCGACGGCGACGCCGCUGGCCGCAUCCUCAUCCCGGAUAGACUCGCCAUCGCUGAAGGCAGCCCUCGCAAUGGCUCUCAUCCACUACAAACGCCUCCCCUCCACAACCGCCGCCGCCGCCGCCGCCGCAGGCACCUCCUCCCCGCCUCUUAUCCACUGGAAGCGCAAGGCUAAGGAGCGGAAGCGCGAGAUUCUCCGCCUCCGCGAAGAGCUCAAGCUCCUCCAAGAUGGGGUGCGCGGGGAGGCGAUGGAGCCGCCACUUGCGUCAUGCCGCUGCCACUUCUUCGACGGGUGCAGCGACCUGCAGCCGCCGCCUCCAACGGGUGGAGGAGAGCAUUGGGUCGACGAGGUGCUGCGGAGGAGGUUCCUCAGAUUGGCGCGGUGGAAGGAGAAGCGACGGAGACUGGAUCGAUCUCUUCCCGUCACUAGUUUGAUGGAGUUCAAUAGCGAGGAUGAGAUACAACAGCUUAGCUUGUCAACUGAUUUCCUGGUAGAGCUAUCAGAUGGGAUUUUUGCGAAAAGAGAAUCUUGCUCCACAUUUGCUACAUUCUCUCACCAAGCAGUAGACUUCAUUUUGUCUUUACUGAAGAACAUUCUAUCGUCGAAAAGGGAAAAUGAACUGGUUGAGGAGAUAAUUGAUGGUUUAGUGACACGUUUGAUGAAAAGGAUGUGCACCAUUCCUGAAAAUGCUGGUACUUCGGAUUCAGGGCCAGUUGACUGCUCAGAUGCCCAAUUCAAUGUGCAGCACUUGUUCCGCAAGUUAGGAAAUGAAGAGUUCAUUGGUCAGCGGAUAAUCCUUGCAGUUUCUCAAAAGAUCUCAAAUGUAUCAGAAAGCUUGCUUCUCUUAGAUCCAUUUGAUGAUUCCUUCCCUGAUAUGCAUGGCAAUAUGUUCAUUAUGAUUCAAUUAAUCGAGUUCCUCAUAUCUGAUUACAUGAAAAUUUGGCUAUGUUGCGAGCAAUUUGACAAAAAAAUAUUUGAAGAAUGGGUCAGAUCUAUUCUGAAGGCACGCAAAGACCUGGAAGUCCUAGAAAACAUAAAUGGGCUGUAUGUAGUGUACAUUGAGCGAGUGGUCGGAAGGUUGGCGAGGGAGGUGGCUCCUGCUGCUCACCAGGGGAAGCUGGACCUGGAUGUCUUUUCCAAACUCCUGUGCUGA